GCGUUGGAGAGGAAGCGUCCCAAACGCGGAGAGGAUAUUGCAAAAUGCGCUUUCUCAAACAUUCCUGUGACCAUGGAGAAGUGGCACGACAGUGCGGCCAUAUACGUGCUCUUUAGGGUCCGAUGAGGACACAUUAAAUGAGUGCUUGACUCAAGUAUAAAGCGAGCUUUACUGAAGGGAAUCAUGAUGCUUUGGGAACGACUUUAGAUAUGGGUCGGUUGUCUCUCAUUUUCCUGGUCGCUGUACUUUGGCCAACUGAAUGUGCCGUGAUCUCAACGGAAACUUUAGGUCCAGAAUCCUGCAGGGAUUUCGGACAGGGUUUUGAGCGGGCUUUCUCGAUCCCGGGUGAAGUGGCGAUACUGGAGUGCCCAUUGCAGGUGCACUAUCUCUUUAAUCCUGCAGAAACGCCAUACAGCGUCACAUGGUACGAUGAGAGAACGGGCUCUGAGAUCACGGCGCUGGAGCAGAGUGUCAUGCUCAAGAAAACACAAGUGUGGUUCUUCAACGUCACCAUGCAGCAGCAAGGAAAGUACACAUGUGUGGUCAGGACUCAAAGUGAGUGCUACAAACAGGCGACAGGACUGGUGGUGACCGAAAUGACGUCAGAAGACUGUGAGAGACCGCAGAGGGGACUCCAGCGGAUCAGCGCUCAUGUGAACGAUCUCCUCGUCUGCCCUCUGAGGAAAUAUCUAAAGAGCGUGGACAGUCCGUCCAUCCAGUGGUACAAGAACUGUGAGCUCCUUCAAGAAGAUAAGAAAUUUGUUCCAAAUGAAGAUAUGCUCAACAUACGCAAAGUGCAUCUCGAUGAUGCCGGAUUUUACACCUGCAAAAUGACCUUUCGUGUAGCUGGAGUCGUCCGUGAAAUGGCCGAAACUAUAGAGUGUGAAGUGAAGGAUGAAUUUUUAAUGAAGCCACAAAUGAUCGAGCCGGUUAAUGAGAUCAUCAAAGUGGAGAGGGGUUCAUCCUUCAGGAAGGACUGCGUGGUCGUUGUUCGGGGAAAAGGCAUUCCCAUGGUUGAUGUGAUCUGGAAGGUCCUGCUGGGGUCUGAAGAGGAGUUUAUAUCCCAAAACACGUCACAUCGCGUUCAUCAGAAACCCAUGAAUGAAAGCAGAACGACGGAUGGUUUCCUUAUGGUGCGAACGCUCUCACUGUCUGCUGUUUGGGAGGAAGAUUUCUAUUUAAACUUCACCUGUAUGGCAUCCAGCAGCCGAGGACAACCGAGCGCCCAGAUCUCACUCGUCCCUGCGGGUGCGUCACAACAAUACCUAAAUCAGUAUUACUUCAACACAAACAUUCUCUAUCAGCCAGUUCAUUUGAUAAAUAUGUGCAUUUUUAUUAGUUCAGAAACCUUUUCCAUCACUACAUUCUUCAGAGCUUUACCUGGCUCUUCCCGGUGUUUUCCAGCUGUGGUGGAUGUGGUGCAGGACGCUCUGAGCCGCUGUCGCAGACUGCUGCUGCUCUACACGGCGUCGUCGCUCUGCAGCCCGGAGGCGCAGGAAUGGGCCGAGCAGCAGACGGGUCUGUACCGAGCGCUGGUGGAGAACUCCAUGAGGAUCGUGCUGCUGGAGCUGGAGGAGAUCCGCGAGCCGCUGCGCCUGCCUCACUCCGUCUGCCUCCUCAAGGACAAACAGGGAGCUCUGCAGGCCUGGAAAAGAAGGAAGAGGUGGGCCUUCUGCAACGGGAAGUCAGAGGAGCGUGUGUCCUCUCUCAAGCCCUCGCCACGCUUCUGGAGGGAGGUGCGCUACCAUAUGCCCGUCAGAGGCAAAGCUAAAGAGAGAAACUGGUUUAGUUUCUAGACUAACACUAAAUGUGAAUACUCAGGGUCAAGUUGUACUGUGUAUAGUGAUGCUGUCAACAAUCUGGAGGUCAGUCUACAGGUUUACUGCCAGUAAACGCUCACUUUCUUAGCAGCCUUUGUUCCAGAAGUUUAUUUUUGGUUUAACCGAACCAACCAGUUGCCAGAUGAAUCAUAAGUUUCCUCAUGACUUUCCUCUUUUUUGGUGUCUGAGGAGAAAAACUAGACAAGGCGAUUCCAAAAAUACUUUUAUUCAGCAAGGAUGCAUUAAAUGAAUGAAAAGUGACAGUAAAGACAUUU